AUGGAGAAGGUCGUGGUCCUGCUGCUCAUCGCCCUGUCAGUGGUCUAUGCAGCUCCCGACCCUCGGGGGCUCCUCAUCAACCUGGAUCAGGGUGAGCUCUGCCUAAACAGUAUCCAGUGCAAGAGCAAUUGUUGUCACCGGACGAGCGGGCUGAGCCUGGCCCGCUGCGCAUACAAGGCCAGCGAGAACAGCGAGUGCUCUCCCAAGUCACUCUAUGGGGUUUACUACAAGUGUCCCUGUGAACGGGGCCUGACCUGUGAGGCGGACAAGAGCAUCCUGGGCGCCAUCACCAACACCAACUUCGGCGUCUGCCUUGAUGUUCAGCGCUCCAAGCAGUGA